UUAUUUAUUUUAUAAAAAAGGGUUCGUCUGUAGAGUUUAGGGGUGUGUGUUGUGACUGUGUUUAUGGAUCCACCAUCAAUAGUGAAAAAUGUCGAGUACAAUCCUUCAUCUACUUCCCAGCACGCCAUGUUUGGUGUUUCCCAAAAUCCUAAUCUCCAUUACAAAUCGUUCUCCCAAAAUAAUUCCGCCAUACAAGAUCCAACCAAACGCCGCCUCGAUGAUUCUGAAAUAAGCAUUUUUGAUGCGCACAAAUAUUUCAACGAUAACGCUGAAUUAGUUGUACUGAACCACCGGCGCAAUCUCGACCGUCCAUCUCACAACACGCAAUCCUCGCCGUCGGUUUCUUCCGUUGAAGGCUACGGCGGCCGGCAUUUCAGAACCAGGUCUUUCUACGCCACGCCGACGGCCUCGUCGGAGGCCAGCUGGAACAGCCAGACAGGCCUCCUCGCCAAUCCGCCGGGCUACGGCGGCGUUUCCAUGGCUACUGUUGAAAUGAAAAAAAGAAACCCUUGUGCCGCCGGAAAAUGGAUUUUUGGAAGGAAGUGUUGCUGCACUGGUAAGAAAUCGGUUCAGGUUGAGGAGGCAGCAAUGGAUUCCGAAAAUUUGGGGCCUGUGAUCGCCGCCGUGAACAAAAACGACGACGAAGAAGACGGCCGGAAUGGGAAAAAUGAUUACAGAAAGGAUUAUUCUUACCGAGCAAAAGGCGCCGGCGAUUGUAAUUCCGGCACAUCGGAGAUUCUGCAGAAAAUCAACCAAGCCCAAAUUAAAGCUCCGAUUCCGAUCAGAUUGUCGCCGGAAAACAGAUUCCCGGCGGCGAAUGCGCCGCGGCAGCUUCGUGUAUCGGCUUCCGCCGGAUUUUCGUUUCCAAUCCUAAACCCUAAUUCCCAAACCAACAAUUCCGUGAUUCCUCCGCCGGAAGAUCCGCCGCGAGAUUCGUUGGAAGUUUUCCGGCCGAUAGACGACGUCGUUCCGUUGUCGAUCGACAGGAUCGGAAGCCGAUCUGGAUGUCCGAUCGCCGGCGGCGACGACGACAUGUGCAGCGAUGCAAGCUCCGAUCUAUUCGAGAUCGAGAGCUUCUCGACUCAAACGACGCCGUUCCCGCCGCCGUACCGCCGGCGGGAUUCUCUGGACGAGGCGCCGGCGGCGCCUUUCAGCGCGAGAAGAUUCGCGGAGGCGAAUGGCCUUAACUUGAACGACAACGGCGGCGGCAAUCAGUUCGGCCGGAGAAGCCUGGACGAGCCGCCGACGCCGAGCGUGGCGGCGACUGAGUGCUACGCGCCGAGCGAAGUCAGCAUCGAUUGGAGCGUAACCACCGCCGACGGAUUCGACAAGGCCAGCGUAUCCAAUUUCUCCGCCUCCGAAAUCGGAGCCGCUAGAAUGUUCCGUUAUCGGAUGCAAGACGAUCCAAUCGUCGGCGGCGGCGGCGGAGAGGGUGGGAAGAAAAAAGGGAACGGCGGCGGCGGAGGAUUGCUGCUGAUGAGCUGCCGGCAGGAGAAAGCGGUGAGCGUGGGGCCGCAGCCGGUGAAAUGCUCCCCGGCGGAGGGAAGCCAGAAUAUUCCGGCGAGGGGGCGCAGCAGUAAGCCGACGCUGGGGAGCUCGCAGUCGGCGGCGGCGCGACUGUCGCUGACUUUUGCGGCAUGACAUGUUUCUGCUAUUUGUCAGCAUCUGUCACGUUCGUUUGUGUUUUUCCCCUCUCCGGAGGAUUGUUUUGCUAAAAGUUUGGAUGAAUAUUGGUAAAAGUUUGUUUUGUGUUCGUGUGAAAUGAGAUUA